AAUGCAGCCUGCCUGUCCACCUCCUCCCUUUCAGGGCUGGAUCCGGCAGAGCCAUGCUUCCAGGGCGCACGAGAGAUUUGGCUGGACCCAUCCGAUGCCAUGUUUGUGGAUGUGGUUCACACGGAUUCUGCUCCCAUAAUCCCUUUCCUGGGUGAUUUUGGAAUUAGCCAAAAGGUGGGCCAUCUGGAUUUCUUUCCAAGUGGAAGAAAACAAAUGUCUGGAUGUGGGAAAAAUGCCCUAUUGACCAUCAUUGAUAUAAAUGGAAUAUGGGAGGGUAUAACGUGAGACUUUGCAGUUUGCAAUCACCUACGAAGCUACAAGUACUGUAUAACCAGCAUCUUCAGCCCUGACUGCUUCCUGGGCUACCCCUGCACCUCCUAUGAUGAGUUUCAGGAGAGUGGCUGUUUCCCUUGCCCAACAAAAAAAAACCCCAAAAUGGGGCACUAUGCUGGCCAAUUUAAGGGGAAAACCAGUGCUGUGGGACAAACCUUUUUCCUGAACACAGGAGAGAGUGGUAACUUUACUGGUUGGAGAUAUAAGGUAUUGGCCAUACUGUCUGGAAAAAAGAAAGUGAGUGGGUACAUCAGAGUUGCUUUGUAUGGAAGUAAUGGAAACUCAAAACGAUAUGAGAUUUUCAAGGAGAGAUCCCUCAAACCAGGUGAAAGCCAUGUGUAGGACAUUGAUGUGGACCUCAAUGUUGGAAAAAUCCAGAAGGUUAAGUUCCUCUGGAACAACCACAUGAUAAAUCUCCUCCAGCCCAGACUGAGGGCUUCCCAAAUCACAGGGCAACGUGGUGAAAAUGGGACUCGGUAUAAUUUUUGUAGCAGUGACACUGUGCCGGAAGAUGUUUUACAGUCUCUUUCCCCUUGUUAA